AGAAUCCCGAAAGCGCAGCGUGCUGGUCGGAGGGAGGGGCGGAAGGGGAGGAAGUGCACGGCCAGAGUGGGGAUGUGUCGAAGCGGCGGUGAAAGCGAGCAAGCGGGCGCUAACGUUACGUUCUCCGUGAAGCGUAGGAUUAACGGAACUACCUCGGGACAGGCGGAACUGAGCGAUCGAACUAACGAGAGGUCUACACACUCCGUCGCCGAUCCUUCUGGCAACACGUAGUCUGUGCGCACACACGCACACAAACAGUCGAAAACAUCCACACUCUGAAACUGCGCGGCCCAACCACACAGACACCCUCAAUCUCACACACAUACUGCAUUAUGCACGCGGACUGCAGGCUGGUAUGGACGCGUCGGUAAUGGUGGGGCGAGGAACCGGUGGGGCCACCGUUCUCUUCAUCCUCGCGAUCGGCAUCCUCCUCAGCGCAAGAAGUUCGCGAGCACAGAAAGGUGACGGCUGUGGUCACACCGUGCUUGGCCGCAGCAGCGGGAGUGUGUCAUCGCUGGGUUACCCCCAGUGGCUGCGCAGCGACAGUGUGUGUGAGUGGGAGAUCACCGUGGACACCAAACACACCGUCCAGAUCCGAGUGGCCGACCUGAACGUCCAGCCCCACGACUGCCAGAUCACCUACCUCAGAAUCUACAACGGUAUCGGUCCACACAGAUCAGAGCUCGUGAAGCUUUGUGGGAAGGAUCUGCAGAUUCCUGAGCUGAUCCGUACCCACGGCAACCAGGUGACUAUCCAGUUCAUGAGUGGACCACACAGCAAUGGGCGGGGCUUCUUCCUGUCAUACUCCACUGACGAGCACCCAGAUUUGAUUUCCUGUCUGGACAAAGGAGUAAACUUCACUGAGGCUGAAUUCAGUAAGUUCUGUCCAGCUGGCUGCCUGACUGGUUUUGGGGAAGUCUCUGGCACUGUGCCCCAUGGUUACCGAGAUUCCUCAGUGCUGUGUCUGGCUGGUAUUCAUGCUGGCGUUGUGUCCAAUGUGGAGGGAGGACAGAUCAACGUGGUCAGCAGCAAAGGCAUCCCUCAUUACGACAGUACACUGGCCAACAACGUCACCUCUGUCACUGGUGCGUUGUCCUCCAGUCUCUUCACCUUCAAGACAAGUGGUUGCUAUGGCACCCUUGGUCUCGAGUCGGGUGUGGUCAGAGACACACAGUUGUCUGCCUCCUCUGUUUGGGCUUGGCACCAUGGCAACGGCCUAGGCGAGGAGAGUGACAGCGGAGAUGCCCAACAGCAGUGGGGGGCCACGGGGGCCCGCCUUAAAAAGGCGGGGUUUCCAUGGGCAGCAGAUGAUGCUGACCAACAGCAGUGGAUCCAGGUGGACCUGAAGAGAGAGAAAAGAAUCACAGGAAUCAUCACCACUGGCUCCACCCUCCCAGAGUUCCAGUUCUAUGUGUCGGCCUAUCGCGUGCUCUACAGCCAUGACGGACAGGACUGGAGCACCUAUCAGGACGCCAACUCCAUGCAGGAAAAGAUUUUCCAAGGCAACACAAACUAUUUCCAGGAAGUGCGCAACAACUUCAUCCCACCAAUCGAGGCGCGGUACAUGAGGAUAAGCCCCGCCCAGUGGCACCAGAGGAUCACGCUGAAGUUGGAGCUCCUGGGGUGCCAGCCCCCUACAGUGUGGCCACGAGUCAACAACCCGGCCCUGCCUCCCCCGAAACUCAGCACACAGCGCCCCCUGCUGGAGCUCAGCACACACACACCAGAGAUCCGCAACAACACCAUGCCCCCACACACAGGACACGACGUUGCCCUAGCAGCAGUGCUGGUGCCGGUGUUGGUGAUGCUACUGACUGCUCUGCUUCUGGCGGUUGUGUGCAGCUGGCAUUGGAAGAACAGGAAGAACCCUGAGGUGACCUAUGACCUGCCACACUGGGAUCGCACAGUCUGGUGGAAGAGCAUGAAGCAGCUGCUCCCCUCUAAGCUGUCGGAGGGGGAGGAGUGUGUCAGGUACAGCAGCUCCAGUGAGGUCAGCCGUCUCCGCGCCAACCAGGGAAUACACACUGAACCCGCAGAGUACGCCCAGCCUCUGGUUGGCGGGGUCAUGACCUCUCUGGGGGUCAGGUCAACCUUCAAGCCCGAGGAAGGGGAGGAGCCUCCCUAUGACUCACCUCUGACCCCUGACCUUCUGUGCCACGCCUACGCCGAGCCCCUUCCGGCCUCCGGUGCUGAGUACGCCACCCCCAUCGUGAUUGACAUGGCCAACCACCAGUCAGGAGGCCCUGUGGUGUUCGCGGGGCGGGCCCAUCUUGCACGGACAGACAGUGGCCAGUCAGCGGGCUCCCUCUAUGACACGCCCAAAACCACGCCUGGUCAGGCAACGCCCAGUGAAGGACAGGCCUAUCAGGUGCCACAGAACAGCUCCCAGAAUGCAUCAGGGGUCAGCUGAAGGGGUAAUGAGCGUUUACAGGAGACUGUAGGACUCAGUCUGUCGGAUGCCAUACGACUGUAAAGCAGCAGCCCACAGCCCUCGUCCUGAGAGAGCGAGGCUUCUUUAGACACCAACCUGAGGAAGUACCUGUGUUCUUUAGACACCACCCUGAGGAAGUACCUGUGGUUGGUCUGAUGAACGUGCAUUAAUAAAAAGCAUCAUGAGGAAGUGUCUGUGUUUGUUCUGAUGAACGUGCAUUAUUAAAAACCACCAUGAGAAAAACA